AUGAACCAAGGGAGUGAAACGAUCAAGCUCGACGGCUACGAUUCAAAGAGAGUGUCGAGCUUUGUGGUGGUCGAUGCGCGGCGCGCAGAUUGCGAGAGCAUGAUUCCGGGAGCAAUCAACCUUCCUGCCCACUCAUUCGCGCUCUCCAGCUGCACGCUCGUGCGCGUGCUGCACCAGGUACCGCUCAUGAGCUUCCACUGCAACAGCUGCGCGUCGCCCAUGUCUCACGGCCCGCUCGUCGCCAGCUGGUACGCGGACACGCUGGCCAAAGCGGUCCUACAGGGCGCCGAAAAGGCGACGGUGUACGAAUGUGUGGCCGUGCUCGUCGGAGGCAUGAAGGGCUGGGAGGAGCUCCACGGGAAAAGAGCCGUCUCUGAGGGAGGAAAAGUCAUCAAGGACCUACCGGUCGAGAGGGACGACGGCAUGUUGGAUCUAAGAUCGAUUCCUUUGUAA